AGGUUAAGAAUCUAGGAACUAGACAGUUUUCAAGUUUUCAACAAGAUCUAGCAAACUGGACUCCUGUUUAAAUUAAAAGAAUUUCUCUUUUAUCUCUUACCUUUUAUUUUUCAUAUUAUACUUGAAAAAUCGUCAUUUUGUAACUAUAGUAGGCUCUGAGUUCUCGAACUUAGCACUCAUCCUGGCCAGAGUACCUCAAGAUGCAAUAUCAUCAAUAAAAGACAUUCUAGGAUAAUGGAGGCGGGUGCAGCCACCGUUAUAAGUAAUUUAAUGUAUAUCUGUAAGCAAACCAUUGCUAACGAAAAACAAUUCUGAGUACAGUUGAUAGUAAUGCAUUGUCAAAAAUAUAUAUGUCACACUAUAGUAAAAUAAUUAAAUAGUCAUUAUACAUUUUCUUUAAUAACAUUUAUUUGAUAUUGUAUAUUUUCAAAUGAAAAAUAAAAAUAAAUAACGCAAAAUCUUCGCAUAUCACCUUUACAUUUAGACAAAACAUAGUUCCUUCGAUCUUUCUGUCAAAUAAAAUUUUACUAUCUGUUCCUAGCAUCAAAUAGUUAUGUCUGAUCCUUGAUAAACAUUUAACUUCGACUUAAGCAUAUAAAACAAAAACACAUUUUGCUUAACACUAGAUCAAUUUUUCUGUACACACUUUUAGGUAAACAUUCCAAACUUAAUCUGAAUAAUAAACUAUUGCUCUCCUGAAGACUAUUUGGGCCUAUGGUAUCCUGUUAUGGGUGUAGCAAAAAAAUCCAACAUUUACAAAAUCAAGUCUAUAUCACUUUAUGUAAUUACUAAUACAUCCUGCUAUGUAUCUAACUAUACACUACAAUUAAAUCUUGGACUACAGACUAUCCCUGAAAUGUUUACAUCCGCUUACAAGCAUUUCCAUUCUCACUCUAUGAACCACCAGAAUCCACUUAUCCUUACAUUUAACUCAGUAAACAUUCCCGGGAAUCCACAGAGAAGACUUGAAAGAUGCUGAUGUUGUGAUUUAGCUUAACUAAACUGAUAUACAAAAAUAAAAAAUAAAUUACUAUUUUAUAUUUUUGAAAAAUUUGAAGAUAGCUAUUUUAUAGUUAAUUUUUCUGAUAAUUUGGAUGUAUUUACUUUUUAUUUUCUUUAAAUUUAUGAUUUUUAAUAAUUUUUUAAAGUUCAGAGAAAAAUACCUAUAAUUAUAUAGCAUGCUAUAAUCACAUUUUCUAAUUGAUCACUAUUAUUAUGAUUAAUUUGUGAUUAAUUGACUAUACUGAGCUGAGGCGUAGGGAAAGCGGCGCUCCCAUCGCUCAGUACCCCUUAAUACGGGAACUGCAGUAGCCCUACCCUUACCUUAGUUGAUUGGGAUAGUCUGAUCCUCCAGGUUGGAGGUUGAGAUAGACUUGACAAUCUAUUUCACCAUACAAGUUAUGCAGGAGGCAUUAUCAUUCCCAUUAAGCAACUAUCAAACACUAUUUUAUUAAUAUAAACAGUACUAAUCAGGACCCCGGGUAUUCAAGAUUCGGCAAGAGGAGUAAGGAGUCUUAUCAGGUUGUCAGUCAUCAAAAACCUCAACAUAAAACAAUAAAAUCAGAUAAUACAAAUAAAUCAUAAGUAAUUAAUAUAGGAACAUGGAAUAUGAGAACAAUGUGAAGAAAGUGAAGUAAAAAUAGACUCAAAAAAACCAUUAAUUAUCAAGAACGAAUUUAGCUGGAGCAGCUUAAAAACAAGAAAGCAGCUGGAUCAGAUUUAAUAAAAAGUGAAUUACUGAAGAAUGCUGAUGAAGAAAUAAAGAAGAUUCUCUACAAUAAAAUACAAAAUUGUUAUUUAACAAGAGAUAUUCCAAAUGACUUUAUGAUUGGUAAGAUAGUCACAAUUCCGAAAAAAGGGAAUGCAACAGAAUGCAAUAACUAUAGGACUUUGUCUUUGUUAUCGCAUACUUCAAAAAUUUUACUCAACACAAUAAAAAUAGAAUAAAACAUAAAGUUUAAAAUAAUAUUGAAAAAAACCAAUUUGGGUUCAGAUCAGAAAAAGGAACAAGAGAAGCGCUAUUUUCAAUAAGAAUGUUGUUAGAAAGAAGAUUAGAUAUAAAUAGGAGCACCUAUGUACCAUUUGUAGACAUCGAAAAAGCGUUUGAUAAUUUUGACUGGAAACGACUAUUUAAAAUAAUGAGAGAAGUAGGCAUAGACAAAUCGAUAUAAGACACUAAAAAAUUUGCUUUGAUCAAAAGAGGGGUAAGGCAAAGUUGUUCCCUAUUACCCUUGUUAUUCAAUAUUUUUAUUGAAAGUGUCAUUAAAAAGUUCAAAGCAAAAACGAAAGGUGUAAAAAUAAAUGGAAAACAAAUACAUAGCAUAAGGUUUGCAAAUGACAUAGUCAUAGAAGCAGAGAAUGAAUGUGACUUGAAUAAUAUGUUGACAAAAUUAUCAGAAACUUUAGAGGAAGUACAAUUAAAAAUAAAUGCUAAAAAGACAAAAAUAUUAAUAGUAGACAAACAUAAUAAAAAAAUGGAAAGAACUAUUAACCUACAUGACUUUUGUUUGGAGUGUGCUAUUAUAUGGAAGCGAAACUUGGACUUUGAGUGCUCUAGACACAAGAAGAAUAAAAGCAUUAGAGAUGUGGACCUGGCGCAAAACGAUGAAGAUAAGUUGGACGAAAAUGAAAACGAACAAGGAAGUUUUAAGCUUGUACAGAAGCCAAGGCAAAUUAUCAAAAUUGUAGAAACAAGGAAAAUUAAGUUUUCUGGACAUGUUAUGUCACACAACACGUUCAUUAUAAAUAUUAUGGAGGGGAAGAUAAAUGGUAAAAGAGAUAGAGGACGACCAAGAGACACAAACAUAGGAAAUACAAUGAAGCUAUUAUCUUUACCAAGUGAAGCAAUGAAAAGAUUAGCAGGAAAAAGAGAAGAAUGGUUGCAGCGACAAGGCGAAGCCUUUAGAUAA